UAUAUAUAUAUAUAUAUAUAUAUGCAUCUUUUUUCUGCCUAUCUUGUUUUCUCUUUCAUCUUUAUACAACGUUCGUCGUGUUGUGUCUGCUGUUGCAACGACGAAAAGGACGUCUCUGAGUCCGGAUCAUUCAGUGUGUGUGUGUGUGCGUGUGUAAAUUAAAGAAGAAUUUCGCGAUGAAGCUUUUUUUUGGAGAUUGAUGUAACGUCAAGAAAAAAACAAAAGAAAGAACAAAAAAUACAGAUCAGCUGGCACACAAAAUGGAACCCAAAGAUUGGCGAGAACCGGCUCAUCAUGCAAGAAGACCAAUGAAUGCAUUCUUAAUUUUUUGUAAGCGACAUAGAGGAUCCGUACGAUCUGGAUUUCCACACUUAGAAAAUCGUGCGGUUACAAGAGUUCUUGGAGAAUGGUGGGCAACACUUAAUCCAGAUCAAAAACGUACCUAUAAGAAUUUAGCACAGGAGUACAAAGAUGCCUUCUUAAAAGCGAACCCUGAUUUCAAAUGGUACAAGUUACCAGCUCCUCCUUUACGUACUUUUGCUACAAGACCUACAAAUAAAAAGCAAGAAAUAGAAACCGUGGACCAGGCUACAGAAAGUGUCAAAUCCGAAUACGAGUCUUCCGAUUAUACAAAUUCAGAUAAUAAAGAUGGUCAGGCCAUACAGCCAGGCAAGUUAGCAGACGAAUCUCAAAUUGGUGGCCUUAGCUCUCUUUUUACUCCGCAAAAGGUGCAAUUAACCGAAGAGCAAUUAACGACUCACAAUGAUGUUCCUGAAAAAGAAGUUACAGCACCAAAACCCCCUAAAAAGAGAAAUCCAGAAUUGCUUCUUGCUCUUGAACAUAAAAACGAAUGCAAAGUUGAUCUUUUUAAUGAAAAGAAAAGGAAGCAUUCUGAAUCAAAUAACAAUGAACAACAUACAACGCAUAUAGAAAAACACGUGGCAAACUCAUUCCUGGACUCAAAUGCUAAUUCUGAAGAAAAUAAUUACAGAGGUGAAAGAACCUGCAAAGGAUUACGGUAUCAAAAAUUUUUAGCUGAACAUAUUAGGCAUAUCGGACCAUCUGGACAAAAUAAUAAACGAAAAAAAUCAACAACGUCGUAUAGUCCUGAAGGGCGAAUAAAUGAGAGAAGAAAUUCCAUAUCUUCCAAUAUUAGUGAAAAAACUGAUUCUUUAAGUAGCGAAGGUGGAAAUAGUUCACGUGGUGAACUAGAACAUUUAGUGGAAAGUGCUGAAGGAAAUAUGAAAGCUUCAAAACCGGAAGAAACAGAAACGGAAGAUGCAGAAAGUGAAGUGGAUUUUGGACCUUGGACAACACGUAAAAGAUUUCGUGCUGAGGAUUUUAAUUUAGAAAAAAAAAUUGAAGCUUUACCUUCCUUAAGUUUAGAAGAAUUUCAAAGAAAGAAAAAACAACAGCGUAUAAACAAGAAAAAGAUUUUGCAAAAACUGAAUACAAAUAAAUGGUGCCAUGUUAAUUUCAAUAACAGUCAAAGCAAUAGACAAAAUAAUAAAAAUGAAUUACAUACAACAGAAGACGGUGAAAAGUCACUUUUGGUAGGAAGUCAAAAAAGAAAAGCACGAAAGCAAAGCAUUACACGUAAUGCAGCAGCGACAACUACUUCCAAUAUGUCUGGAAAUCAAGAAUCAAAGACAUGGUGUGCAUCACCGGACCUGGAAGCAUUGGCAUGUCUUGCAGCGGUUGCCGCCAAUAGAACAAAACUUACCAAAAAUAAUGCUUAACUAUUGAACCCACAAUCAUGCAUAAGUUUAAUAUUUGUGCUACACGGAACAAGGUGUUAUUAAAUUUUAUUAUCAAUAUAAUUUACUAUCACCGCAGGAUUAUUAAAGUUUCUGAUACAAGUGUUAUUAUCGUAAAAAAAAAAUAUCAUAAUAUUUCUAACGUGA